AUGAUGCAGCAGCCUCAGGCGCACGCGUCGGCACUUGCGGUGGCGCCGUCGGCGUCGGCGGUGGCGCAGACGGUGGCUCACCCGCAGGAUCCGGCGGGCGGGGACGCGCCGCCGAAGCAGGUGGCUCAGGCGAUGGAGCGACUGGGCCGUGCGGGCCGGCUCAUCGCGGACAUCCGGCUCGGCGCGGACCGCCUCCUCGAGGCCCUCUUCGUCGCCGGCGGCGCUCCCCCGUACAGUGUGCACCAGCACGUCGACAGGAUGGAGCGCGUUAUCGUCAAGGAGGAGGCUGCCAUGCGCCUCCACUUCCAGGACCUCCGCGCCCUCGGCAGGUACCAGCCCCCAGCAUCUCCUCCUGCCCUAACACCUCCGUUCUCCCUUCCCUCUCGAUCUGGGAGGUUAGGAAGGCAAUUAGAGGAGUCUGGAGUCCUUAAUGGGGCCCUUAAAGCUCGAGGCAAUUCAUGGGGAUUGCACAUGCCACUCGUUUGUCCAGAUGGUGCUGUUGUAGCUUAUGCUUGGAAGCGUCAACUGGCAGGUCAGGCUGGUGCAUCUGCUGUGGACAGGACUAGGUUAGCUCUCAAGGCCUUCACUGACCAGAAAAGAAGAUUCUUUCCUCAUCUAGAAGACGAAGUCCUUAGCCAUCUCCAUGAUGGUGAACCUGGUGUCACCAAAAAGCCAAAGUUGAUUGCCAGCAACGGAGAUCUAGAGGAAAAAUCUUUAUCUGAAAUACUGAAAAAUUUAGAAAAUGAAGUACCUAACAUGAAAAUAUUCACAUACUGGCAUCUGGAUUGGUCAAAAAGAGCUUCAUCAUUAGCAUCCCUGAUGGAUGAUGACUUUGUGGAUCCAUCUAAAGAGCUGAACCUGCAAAAUAUGGGCAAAUCGAGAUCUGGUGCUCUGACAACUGCCAUAGACCAAGUUGCAGUAAUUGAAUUGCUGGUUCCUUCAAUAUUUAGAGCUGUAGUGUCAUUGCAUCCUGCUGGAUCUACUGAUCCUGAUGCAGUGGCAUUCUUCUCUUCCACUGAGGGAGGAAGCUAUCUUCAUGCGAGGGGCACGUCGGUGCAUCAUGUGUUUAAGCAUGUAAAGGAGCAUGCUGACAAGGCCUUGCAGUACUUCAUCAGUGUGGAGCCGAGUAAAGCACUUUCUCUGCUUUUGCGUUGGAUUGCCAGCUAUCAGACUCUGUUUACAAAGCAAAUGCGGACGGCUUUUGAUGAUGGACAAGUCCUUGGCUUUGCUAUUGCCUCCUGUCCACCGCCCCUAUCACCAGACUUCUAA